AUGGGGAUGAUCAAGCACACUUUGUUGGGCGUUCUGUCGCUCGCGAGUUGUCUUGCCAGCGCCGCCUCGCUCUCUCAGGACCGAAAACCGACCGUCGCGUUCAAGUCUGGAAACGGAAACCUGCCACUUGCUUCCAAGGGCUCGCCUGUGAACCUUGUCCUCGACGCCGGAGACUGGCCUGGUGUGCUGCGCGCGGCACACGAUGUAGCCGUCGACUUUGGACGCGUCACUGGAACAAAUGGCACUUUGUCGACAGUCGGAAGCGGUGCUAGCAACCAGACUGUCGGAGGAAGUGCAUCAGUCAUCUUCAACGUUACGGGUAUUUCCAAGGACUGGAGCGUUAGUAAGAGCUCCACUAAAGGGAAGGGCGUCAUCAUUGCCGGCACGAUUGGGAAUUCCAGCUUGAUUGAUGCGUUGAUCAAGAGUGGAAAACUCGAUGUCAGCAAGAUCAAAGGCGAGUGGGAAGCCUACACUAGUGCUGUGAUCAAGAACCCGAUGAACGGAACUGCUGAGGCACUGGUCAUCGCUGGAAGCGACAAGCGUGGCACGAUAUACGGUCUCUACGAUGUCUCGGAACAAAUCGGCGUCUCACCUUGGCACUGGUUCGCCGAUGUUCCGCCAAAGUCCCAUUCGAGCGUUUAUGCCCUUCGCUCUACUAAAGUUCAGAAGACACCUUCAGUAAAAUACCGCGGUUUCUUCAUCAAUGACGAAGCUCCUGCACUCACCGGAUGGGCGAACAACAAGUACCCCAAGUCCAUAUACGGCUCUCCUUUCGGUGCCGAAUUCUACUCACACGUCUUCGAGCUCCUGUUGAGAAGCAGAGCGAACUACCUCUGGCCCGCAAUGUGGAGCUCCAUGUUCAAUGUCGAUGACCCACGUAACCAGCCGCUUGCCGACGCCUACGGAAUUGUAAUGGGCUCUUCCCACACCGAGCCCAUGGUCCGCGCAACUCAGGAAUGGACCAAAGUAGCCAAAGGCAGCGACUCGUCUUGGUCCUGGGCCACCAACAAUGCCACUCUCUACAAGUAUUUCACGGAAGGUGCCGAGCGCGCGAAACCAUAUGAGAACGUUGUCACCGUCGGAAUGCGAGGAUAUCACGACACUGCCAUGUCCGCUGAUACGCAGACAUCAGUCUUGGAAGCUGUUGUUCAGGCACAAGAAGAGAUCAUGGACAAAGUCUGGGGCAACGCGAGCGAAGUUCCGCAGAUGUGGUGCUUGUACAAGGAAGUGCAAGAUUACUUUGAAGCGGGAAUGAAGGUGCCUGACUGGGUGACUUUACUAUGGACGGAAGAUAACUGGCAAAACAUCCGCAGACUUCCAGUUGGUGAUGAGAAGAAACGAUCCGGUGGAGCUGGAGUCUACUACCACUUUGAUUACGUCGGUGACAGCCGUAACUCUAAGUGGAUCAACACCAUCCAGCUCCAGAAGACUUAUGAACAGAUGUCUCUUGCUCAUGCUCGCGAUGCGGACAGACUUUGGGUCGUGAACGUCGGGGACAUCAAGCCAUACGAGAUUCCCAUCAGCCACUGGUUCGACAUCGCUUACGACAUCGAAGCUUACGACGAGACCUCUGUUCCGACAUGGAUUGAGAAUUGGGCCACGCGUACCUUCGACGAGAAACACGCCAAGACGAUCUCCAGCAUCGUUGACACAUAUGGCCGUCUAUCGAACAUGCGAAAAUUCGAAUGGGUUGAGCCAGGAAGCUACAGCAUCAUCAGCUACGAGGAGGCUGACAAACUCCAAGCUCAGUGGGAAGAUGUAGGGGACCAAGCGCAGGAAGUGUACGAUGAUCUUUCGGAUAACGAGAAAGGCGCGUUCUACGAGAUGAUCCUGCAUCCUGUGCUUGCUGGUGGUAACUUCAUCAAUGUACAGGUCGCGGGCGCCAGGAAUCAAAUCUACUCAGGUCAAGGUCGGACCAGCGCGAACGACUGGAUGCAAGAGACCAUCGACCUGAUGGGAACCGACCAUGAGCUUACUCAAAAGUAUCACAAGCUGUUCAAUGGCAAGUGGAACCAUAUGAUGGACCAGACGCAUCUCGGGUACCAGGGAUACUGGCAACAACCUAUGCGCCAGUCCACACCCUUCCUACGUUGGGUACAAACAUCUGAGCGCUCACUAUCCGGAGACAUGGGUGUAGCCGUGGAGGGAAGCAACGCAACCAUCCCCGGAGACGACAUCUGGCAUACCAACGGUGGCGGCUCGCUCGAUCUACCCGCUGUGACACCCUUCACGCCCAAACGCUGGAUCGACAUCUUCUCUAUGGGUACAAACAGCUUCAACUGGAACAUUACGACUGAGCCUUUCAUCAAACUUUCUAAAACAGCUGGAAGCAUAUCCCCGGGCGGCGACGAUGUCCGUGUCUACAUUGACGUGGAUUGGAGCAAAGUCCCGGACGGCUACGGCAAAAAGGUCGCUUUGAACAUCAGCAGCUCCCAGAACUAUGGCACGCAGUUCAGCCGCCCCACCGUCAAUGUGAUGGUGAACAAGACUUCAGUUCCUUCCAAUUUCAGAGGCUUCGUCGAGAACGCUGGCCAGAUCGCCAUUGAAGCAGAGCACUACUCCCGUCUUUCUUCCUCCGGCAACCUGUCUUAUACUGUGCUCCCGCGCUAUGGCCGAACGCUCUCCGCACUCAAGUUGUCGUCUCCCCUCGCCGAAGGUCUCUCGCCUUCCAGCGCGCCGGCCCUCGAAUACGAUUUCUACACUUUUACCCCCACGACCUCCGCAAAGGGCCUUAACCUCACGCUCAUCUUAUCCCCGACCCUCAACAUCAACCCCAAGAAGCCCCUCGCGUACGUCGCACAGAUCGACGACAAGCCGCAGCAGCGAAGGCAGUACGUCACUGACCAGAAGCAGCCCGACUUCCCCGUGGGCUGGGGCACGGCAGUGGCACAAAACGCGUGGCUGAACACGACGAACUGGGGCGAAGUAUCUCCAGGAAAGCACACACUUAAGCUAUGGCUGGUAGAGGCAAACGUCGUGCUUCAGAAGCUUGUAAUGGACCUGGGUGGUGUGCAAUACUCGCACAAUGGGCCGCCUGAGAGUUAUCGCGUCGGAGGUAAUAGCACGAGUGCAGCGUAG